GAUCGUGUUCAAAAAAGUUUUCCCCAUCCUAUUGACAAGUGGGCAAUAGCUGAUGCCCAGUCUGCUAUUGAGAAGAGGAAACGAAGAAAUCCGUUAUCUCUCCCAGUAGAAAAAAUCCAUCCCUUAUUAAAGGAAGUUCUAGGCUACAAAAUUGACCACCAAGUGUCUGUUUACAUAGUGGCAGUAUUAGAAUACAUUUCUGCAGACAUCUUAAAAUUGGUUGGGAAUUAUGUGCGGAAUAUAAGACAUUAUGAGAUUACAAAACAAGAUAUAAAAGUGGCAAUGUGUGCUGAUAAGGUAUUAAUGGAUAUGUUCCAUCAAGAUGUAGAAGAUUUAAGUGCACUAACUUUAUCUGAUGAGGAACCUUCCACCUCAGGGGAGCAAACCUAUUACGACCUCGUGAAAUCAUUUAUGGCAGAGGUUCGACAAUAUAUAAGGGAACUAAAUCUCAUUAUCAGAGUUUUUAGAGAGCCAUAUGCCUCCAACUCCAAAUUAUUUUCAUCUCAUGAUGUGGAAAAUAUAUUUAGCCGCAUAUCGGACAUACAUGAACUUAGUGUGAAGUUAUUAGGUCAUAUAGAAGACACCGUUGAAAUGACAGAUGAAGGUAGUCCUCAUCCCCUGGUAGGCAGCUGUUUUGAAGACAUGGCUGAGGAAUUAGCAUUUGAUCCAUAUGAAUCAUAUGCACAAGAUAUUUUGCGACCUGGUUUUCAUGAUCAUUUUCUAAGUCAAUUAUCAAAGCCAGGAGCAGCAUUUUACUUACAGUCAAUAGGUGAAGGCUUCAAAGAAGCUGUUCAGUAUGUUCUACCCCGGCUGCUCCUUGCCCCUGUUUACCACUGUCUUCAUUACUUUGAACUGCUAAAA